UUGUCACUGCGCAGAGUGUUCCUGGGUCGUGUAGGCGUAUGCGGGUCUCAAAAAUGUGUCCAGGUUCUCAUUUCAUUUUCUGGAUAUUUACAACAUUUUUCCCUUUCUGUUACCCUUAUGAGUGUGGAAGCUUGCUGUUACUGGAACCGUCUAUUGAACCUGUUCUGUUUCCAUCUCAGAGGAUGGUAGUUAAAAACGUGAUCCAGUGUGAAACUGCUUGUCGACGAGACUCAAAAUGCAUAUCGCUGAACUAUGAUUUCAAAACUGGGUUUUGUGAUCUGAACACGUACGACCAUGGGUACAAAGCUGAUUCAUCCGAGGUGAAAGAUCUCCUUGAGAAGAAUUGUGAAGUCCAUGGUGUUGACACAUGCGCAGACUGCCUACCGGGGUAUCGGUGUGUGUACGCAGCCAAUAAAUAUGUGUGUCUCAACGGGCAGGCAUCAUCACCACUGACUGUGGUCGACUGUGGCCCACCUGACCCUUUAGCCAGCGGUGUUUUCGUGUACAACACGUCGACCUAUACUUCCCGGAGUAUUGCCAUUUGUAACACAGGUUACACUCUGUCGGGUUCUUCCAAGGUGGAGUGCUCAGCUGAAGGGCGGUGGCAACCGUUCAACAUUUCGUGCAACAUUUCUGUUCACAGUUGUUGA